UGUAUACCCCCAUUUAUUAAUUGUACUGCACAAGUGUCCAAGAAGCUGGACAUCAUUGUAUCUGCAGCCGAUAAGUUUUUGGGCCUCCGAGACUUCACAGCAGAAGCACUGCAAGGACUACUGUCGCCAGGAAAUGUCCCGCCAACACAGGAUCCUUUUGAGCCUGCGUAUGGACCUGAUUAAAACAGAAAAGCAGGCUGAUAUAGUUUAAUUAACAUCUCGUUACUGAUAGUUUGUAUGGAAUUGUAUUUUUUAUUUUUGACCCAGCAUUUUUCAUUUUUUGAUCCUUAUUAUACACCUGUAAAGUAGGUGGCGGAAUGCACAUAUAAUUGUUGCGAACGCCAUUAUACCAAAGAAGAAGAAGAAGCGGCAACAGCAGCUUCGGACGUCAUUGAAGACGUGAUAAUGUAACUUUGAAACGAACGACAUUGUGUCGGAUCAGAAAUGCCACAGAGCAUUCUGGAACUUUCUGGUAGCUUACUGGAACUUUCUCUGGUAGCUUACAGGAACUUUCUCUGGUAGCUGGUGCUUUGGAAACAGCAUCGGUGCUCCGGUAUCAAUCUCCCAUCACUAGUAACGACCCGUGUGGUUGCGUCAACCUUGCCGUCAAGUUGGGUCGUAACCAAAAUGUCAAGAGAGCUAGCUAACUAUGUGAUAAAUAUCUAGUUCACUUGCUAAUUACCACCAUCUUAUUGGGCAAACCAGGGAUCUUUUGCCAGGUAUUUCGCAUGGAAACAUACCGAGGAUAUUCAUGUUUACGAUAGGAUGCCAGCUAUCGUUUCCAAAUAACGUCAGCUAGCUGGUACAGCUAUCAACCGAUUUAGCCAACAUUUGCCCUUUACGCUAACAAUCAAGCUAGCUAGGGUCGUUCUGAAGUAGACAACAAGAAGGUUGAACCUUUAGCUCAAUAAAAUGAUAACUAGCUAGAUAUGCUAACGUUAGUUAGUAAACUGAAAAUGAUGCUAGGAAAUUGAAGGUAAUAAUACUGUCUUUUGUAAUAACUUAGCAUUUCGCUACACCCGCAAUAACAUCUGCUAAAUAUGUGUAUGUGACCAAUAAAAUUCGGUCUUCUUUAUUUUUAUUCGAUUUUAAUUAACGUUAGUUAGCUAGUUAACGUUAGCAAUAGCCAUGCCAGUAAAAGUUAGCUUAACGUUAGUUAGCUAUCAUAUGAAAACAAGUCUCCUCAUGCAGCGCCUCACAAAUCAGAUCAUGUUGUUUUCAUCGUGCAGGGUUGAAUGACAACUGGUAUUCAUGAUGCCAACAUUUGCAUUACGUUUUAUUAUGGAUUCUGAUACUUUUCCAGUGAGAAACUUUGAGCUCAUCUUUCUACGAGUUUCCAAGUAAGAAAUGUCCGACUUGUGUUGAAUGCGGAAAAUCUGCAAUCUUAAGUGACUUCCAUAAUUCUUGACUCAUUGAAUUUACAUGAGUACAGGUUCGCUGAAGUGACAGAUAGGGUUGGUCCACGUAAUCUUUGCAUACGGAUUGUCAAUGUGCCAUUUCUAUAAUGGAACCAACUAUUUUGAAUCAGGGUUGUUCACUCUGUGAUGUAACUUGUCAAAAUGGUAAGGUCGCCUAACUGGGAGGACGAUGAUUUUACAAUUGAAUUAAUAACAUUAACAGUUGUAAACUUGAGGUAUAUUGAGUUCCUAGGUACAUGUUAGGUACAUUGAUGUAUGAGAGUCUUGUUUUUCUUUCUGAAGGUACUUGGGUUGGUGACAACUGCUCAGCUGGGUAGGAACUCCUGUGUGUGGUGGUCAAUGUAACAGACAGUACGAACAACUCAUCCAGCAUCGCCAUGGGCCAGGACAGAGGGAAGUAUGAUUUCUACAUCGGCCUGGGACUAGCCAUCAGCUCCAGCAUCUUCAUAGGAGGAAGCUUCAUCCUCAAGAAGAAAGGACUACUCCGCCUGGCCAGGAAGGGACAGUGCAGAGCAGGCCAGGGUGGACAUGCAUAUCUUAAAGAAUGGCUCUGGUGGGCUGGUUUAUUAUCAAUGGCGGCUGGAGAAGGGGCGAACUUCGCAGCGUAUGCCUUUGCUCCUGCUACGCUCGUCACCCCUCUGGGGGCCCUCAGUGUGCUGGUCAGUGCGGUGCUGUCGUCGUACUUCCUGACAGAGAGUCUGAAUCUCCAUGGGAAGCUGGGCUGUCUGCUCAGUAUCCUGGGCUCCACUACCAUGGUGAUCCACGCCCCUCAGGAGGAAGACAUCAGCACCCUGGACCACAUGGCCGGGAAACUGGUCCACCCAGGUUUCCUGGUGUUUGCCACCUUCGUCAUCAUCGUAGCGCUCAUCUUCAUCUUGGUGGUGGGCCCUCGGCACGGCCAGACCAACAUCAUGGUAUAUAUAACCAUCUGCUCUGUGAUAGGAGCUCUGUCUGUGUCGUGUGUGAAGGGGUUGGGCAUCGCCAUCAAAGAGGCCAUAGCUGGGAGGCCCGUGGUGGGGAACCCUUUAGCCUGGGUGUUACUGCUAGGGCUGGUGGCCUGCGUCUCCACCCAGAUCAACUACCUGAACAAGGCUCUGGAUAUCUUCAACACCUCCCUGGUCACGCCCAUCUACUACGUGUUCUUCACCACCUCGGUCCUCUCCUGCUCUGCGAUCCUCUUCAGGGAGUGGGGGCACAUGGCUAGUGCUGACGUCAUCGGGACUCUGAGUGGCUUCCUGACCAUUAUAGUUGGUAUCUUUCUGCUCCAUGCCUUCAAGGACCUCAGUGUGAGCCUGUCCACGCUGGCUGUGUCCAUCAGGAAGGACGAGAGGCCCGGGCCGGCAGCUAACGGAGUGGCAACACACGGCACCUACGAACUGCUGCACAAUGACUUCACAGAGAUGGACCUGGAGGAGAGGGAGGUCGGCCUGCCGUUUGACAGCCUGUCCAGGAGGAAUGGAGCGAUGACAGCCUCUUAGAGGAACUAGCUAGCUCUCUGGUAUAGUUCUACUGACUAGGACCAUUACGCUGGUGUGGCCGUUUUGUUGCGUUUGUUUGGAAACCUUAAGACAAUCGACUCUAGGGAAAAACCUGUGACUUGGAUGGACCAACUGAUUGUACUUAGUUUAGAUUUGCCUUCUGUUUCUCUGAAUAGCUGACUACAUGGUAGGACCGAGCUUCAUCUCAUCCCCGUGGAGCUGUCAAUAUUCUACUACACAUUUACCUCUUUACACUUUCUGUACAGAUCUGUUUAAACAUGCACUGAGUUUCUUUCUACAAAUCAACAGCUUUGUUUUUGUAAUAUAUCCUAUUUCAACCCCUGUGGAGAUCCCAGGUCUUUGUCG